CAACCGGUGAAGCCAUUUUUCUACCAUUGCCAGUCUGGUUAGUCUCGGUGAACUUUGAUCAUCGAAAAAAAGAAGAACCACGCAGGAGUGAAGAUAAUCGAAGAAAGAAGAAACCUGUUUAAAAUUAUUCAAAUCAUAUCGUGAAAAUCAUAAAGAAGGAUCAUCCUUUUUCUUUUUAUUUAUUCUCGUUUCUUUACUUUCUCAUAAGUAUGAUAACGAGAAUAGAACGCCUUCGAGAAGAAAUACUCUGGAAGAAUCCAAAGAUGCGAACACAAAGAUUUACAUGACUUUGAAAGGAACUGAAGAAAUUGAGAUUCUUUUUCUUUAUCAAUGUUGAUGAAGAAUCAGUAAAGAUAUUUAUUUGAAGAAUAGGGGGGCAUUCAGUGUGAUUUGAAGUCUAUCUUUUCUGUGAUAUUAAAUAAUAUCAUAUCAUUUUAACAUCGUUUAUGAGAGAAGGAAUAAAAAUAAAUGAGUGUACAAAAGAUUUAAUAUUUAUUAAAACUAUUUAUAGUUUUAAUAUGUUCGACGAAUAAUUCGCAAACUAUUAGAACUAUAAUUAUUUCUGAAUCAUUUUUAUUGUGUUCAGUGCAAAUUUAAUUUGAAUAAUAAUGAAUCAAAUCUCGUAUCUCGUCAUUUUUUUUGCAUGCUUCGCGAUUUGCAGAGUGAUUUCUUCGAAUGUUUCGGAAAACCCAUCACAAAAUCCUUUGGUGAAUCAACGAUUAAGAACUUCAACCGAUGAAUAUAAAAUUCAAAAUGGAAAUUGGACUACAUUGUCAGAAACGCUAGAUAUUUUCAAUGUGCGUUAUCUUGCCAAUAAUUGGACGGAAGGGAAAUAUCCUAUUCAAGAGCAAUGUGCCAAAGAUAUUACAAGAUACAUCGAAGGAUUAAGAAAACAAGAAGUAUGGGCUUCAAAAGCGGAUGACGCUUCAGGUAGAUACACUAAUAGUUUUCUCUGGGGAAAUUCUUAUUAUGUCGGAUCAGCAACUCAAUGUGCCUAUAUCGGCGAAGAUUAUAAAAGAGAGAUGACAAAGAUUCAUCAAAAUGGAUCGAUAGAAGAUUUCAAUAUUGAAUCACGAAAAAAGAAUUCUGGUCUCAGUGGAAAAGAUUUCUGGAUCGGAACGAAAUUAGAUAAACCACCUUACAAACUAGGAUUUUAUAUAAUGACCAUUUCAGUAAACAAUACUUUAUUUCCUACGGUUAGAACAAUUUAUCUUGGAGUAUGUUUACCUUUCUCGUGUAAUGCUUCCGAUGUUUUUAUAAUAGUAAAACUUGCUGGAAGCGAACAAGCAGUGAAAUAUUCAUCGAUUGAAAAAAUUCGAGAUCAGCAUGAUAUGUACAACAUGUAUGAAGAUCCAAUCUUUUGGAUUCUAUCUGGUGUAAGCGCUGCGGUUUUCCUCUUAAUGUUCAUUGGUACUGGAUAUGAUAUUUACAUAACGAGAAAAUAUACUCGCGGAAAAAACAUGAUUUACGAUUUGGAAAGACACGCAAAACUUGAACAAUUAGCCAUCAGAAAUCAAAAGCCUCUAAGUGCUUUUCAAGGUAAGGUCUACCUUCCUGUUCCAGUGGCAGAAGCUAUCAUCAAUGGACCUCAAUCAUUAGCAGUUAAUAACGUUAAUAAUAAUAACAAUCAUGAAAGUAGUCUAAGUUCAACUAGUUUAAAAGGAUAUAAAUUCAGUGUCUUCGAAGAAUUGUUACUUUCUUUCUCAGUUCGAGCUAAUGUAAAAAUCAUCUGCGAUAAUAAAGUUGGAGGUGAUACAAUCAGCACUAUUCAUGGUCUUAAAGCGAUAUCAAUGGCUUGGGUUAUCUUGGGUCAUACCUGUAUUACUGCUUUUAAAUACUCCGAUAAUAUGGAAUAUCGAAAAGUCGUGGAAAAAAAAUUCCUCUUUCAAACAAUUACAAAUGGGGCUUUCAGUGUUGAUACAUUCUUUUUUAUGGGAGGUUUACUUGUAAGCUUCCUGUAUUUUAGGACAAAUGCGAAAGGAGAUUUGAAUAAACUUACACAGGGUACACGGGGUAUUGUGGCAGGUAGUCUGAAAUUUAUCGGUCUUCUUAUGUACCGAUUUUGUAGACUUACAGCUCCCUAUAUGUUCGUACUUGGAGUAGUUCAAGUUGCAUCUAAAUGGUUUCUUUCAAAUUCUGUAUUUGAUCCACCAACCGCGGAUCAUAUCAAUUGUUCUAAAUAUUGGUGGAGGAAUUUACUUUAUAUAAACACUUUGUUUCCAGUGGAUCAAAUGUGUAUGAUUUGGAGUUGGUACGUCGCCGACGAUACUCAAUUUUAUAUUGUCGGCGCUGUGAUAUUGGUAUUAGCAACAAAUCAUUUUAAAAUUGCUACUUUCAUGAUGACUACUUUGUUAUUGAGUUCCUGGUUAACAACAGGUUAUAUUGCUCUGAUAAAUAAUCAUAUGCCAAGCUCAGAUGAUCCGUUAGCGCUUUUUGAUAAAAUUUAUGAUAAACCAUGGACUAGAUUGGGUCCUUAUUUCAUAGGCAUGUCAAUAGGAUAUUUCCUUUUUAAGACUGAUUGUAAAAUAAAAAUGUCUAAGACAACCGUUUGUGUCGGAUGGCUUCUUUCUUCAGCAUGUCUUUUAAGUUUAUUAUAUGGUCUGUACGAAGCAGAACUUAAUCCUAUAAUGGCAGCUGCUUAUUCUUCAUUAAGUCAUAGCGUAUGGGCACUUGGUUUAUCAUGGAUCGUUGUUGCAUGCAGUACAGGUUACGGAGGAUACGUAAAUAAUAUUCUUUCGGCGCCGAUUUUAUAUCCAAUUAGUAGAACAACAUAUUGCGCUUACUUGGUACAUCCACUUGUAAUUCGAUUAACAGCCAUGAAUUUGGAUUCGCCAUUUCAUUUAGGAAAAUAUACUAUGAUGAUCACUUUCUUUGGACAACUGGUUCUAUCUUAUGUAUUAUCAUUUAUUAUAUCCGUUUCUUUUGAAGCUCCUAUAGUAAGCAUGUUAAAGAUACUUUCACCAAAAAAACGAAAACGUAUACAAUAAAGCAAUCAAAAGUUGCUUUAUCUAAUUUUUUUCAUAAAUUAUGUAUGUCUUUAUUAUAUAAAAUUAAUGUGAAAAAACUUAUCAAAUCGAAAAAAUAUCGAUGUAUUAUAAGACGUAAAUGUGUAAAACUUACAUGUAAUUUUGCAUUAUUAUAUGUAGACUUCAUUAUGUAUUAUUUGUGUUAGCUAUAAAAUAAAUUAUUUCUCUUUGUAUAUUUA